UCUUUUAUCCUGGUAGAAGACUCAGUUGAUCCUUUUUUCUCUGUUUGGGAUUAAACUGGUGCAUGGCCUUCCAUGCACUGAAGAGACAAAAACCUGGAUUUAUUUUUUCAGAGAUAGAAGAAAAAGGAGGGUUAAAAUCUUAAAAUUCAAGGACCUGCAUCUGUUUGCAAGCAGGACCCAGAAGACAAAAGAAAUCAUAUUUUUGUUUGAGGUUGUAAAAUAUGGAGAACCUGAGUUAAAGAUGGGAACUGUGCUGUCAUACUUUUGCCAUUUGUGUGGACACGGAAAUAAGGAAGAGAAGGAGAGAUGCUUGCGGGCUAAUGACAGAACUUUCAACCUAUCUUUCCGCUAUGCUAACAAUGCCAUCAAGACCUCCAAAUACAACAUCUUUACCUUCCUGCCACUUAAUCUUUUUGAGCAGUUCAAGAGGCUCGCUAAUGCUUACUUCCUCUUCCUCCUUAUCCUUGAGUUGAUCCCACAAAUCUCCUCUCUCUCAUGGAUCACCACAGGUUUUGCCUUAAUAGUGGUGCUGUCUAUAACAGGAGUCAAAGAUGCCAUUGAUGACAUAAACAGACACAAAUGUGACAGACAAGUGAAUAACCGGAAGGUGGACGUCCUCAUGGAUGGCCAACUCAAAAAUGAAAAAUGGAUGAAUGUUCAGGUUGGGGACAUAGUCAAACUGGGGAAUAAUGAGUUUGUCACAGCAGACCUUCUGUUGCUAUCUAGCAGUGAGCCCCUUAAUUUAGUUUAUGUGGAUACAGCUGAACUAGAUGGAGAAACCAAUCUGAAGGUGAAACAGGCUCUGACUGUAACUGGAGAGUUGGGAGACAACAUUGAGGCACUGGCUGCCUUUAAUGGCGAAGUGCGAUGUGAACCUCCCAAUAACCGUCUAGACAAGUUCAAAGGGACUCUGACUGUGAACGGGGAAAGAUACGCCUUGGACAACGACAAAGUGCUGCUCAGAGGCUGUACUCUCAGGAACACUGAGUGGUGCUUCGGUCUGGUCAUCUUUGGAGGUCCUGACACUAAACUGAUACAGAACAGCGGAAAGUCAAUGUUCAAACGGACAAGCAUUGAUCACCUGACAAAUAUCCUCGUGUUAUGUAUCUUUGGUUUCCUUGCAUCUAUGUGCUCCAUUUUGACCAUUGGCAAUGCAAUCUGGGAAACAAACGAGGGCUCUGUGUUCACUAUGUUUCUUCCUCGUGAACCGGGCAUUGAUGCUCCUCUCGCAUCGUUCCUCAUCUUCUGGUCUUAUGUCAUUGUCCUUAACGCAUUGAUACCAAGUUCACUCUAUGUCAGCGUGGAGUUCAUUCGUCUGGGAAACAGCUUCUUCAUAGACUGGGACAGGAAGAUGUACUAUCCUAAGAACGAUACUCCAGCUCAGGCAAGAACCACCACACUCAAUGAGGAGCUCGGCCAGAUUAAAUACAUCUUCAGUGACAAGACUGGCACUCUGACGCAGAACAUCAUGACUUUCAACAAGUGCUCCAUUAAUGGAAAAGCUUAUGGGGACCUCUAUGAUUUCUCUGGACAAAGAGUGGAAAUUACAGAGAGGACAGAGAGAGUGGACUUCUCCUGGAACAGUUUGGCAGAUCAAAAUUACAACUUUCAUGACCACAGUCUGGUGGAGAUGGUGAGAAGUGGAAACCCUGAGACUCAGGAGUUCUUCCGCUUGCUAUCCCUGUGUCACACUGUCAUGCCUGAGGAAAAGAAAGAGGGGGAGCUCAAUUAUCAGGCUCAGUCUCCUGAUGAAGGCGCUCUGGUAACUGCUGCGAGAAAUUUUGGAUUUGUGUUCCGAUCACGCACACCAGAGACCAUCACAGUCGUAGAGAUGGGCAGACAAGUCAUCUAUGAACUUCUGGCCAUUCUGGACUUUAAUAAUAUGAGGAAGAGGAUGUCAGUGAUAGUGCGCAGCCCAGAGGGGAAGUUGACUCUGUACUGCAAAGGUGCGGACACAGUGAUUUUUGAAAGACUGCACCCCUCCUGUAACAAACUGAUGGAAGUAACCACUGACCACCUCAAUGAGUAUGCAGGUGAUGGCCUCCGUACGUUGGUUCUGGCCUACAAAGACUUGAAUGAGAACUACAUGAUAGAUUGGAAACAGCGCCACCAUGAGGCCAGUGUUGCCAUGGAGGGACGUGAAGAAAAACUUGAUGAACUUUAUGAAGAGAUAGAGAAAGAUAUGAUGCUGUUGGGAGCGACAGCUGUGGAAGACAAGUUGCAAGACGGUGUGCCACAGACCAUUGAGCAACUGGCUAAAGCUGACAUCAAAAUCUGGGUGUUAACUGGAGAUAAGCAAGAGACAGCAGAAAACAUUGGCUAUUCCUGUAACAUGCUAAGAGAGGAGAUGAAGGACGUCUUUGUUGUCUCAGCCAACACUGCUGAAGGAGUCAAAGAGGAGCUACAGAAUGCACGAAUGAAAAUGUGUCCUGAAGCAGCAAAAGAGCCAUCUGUGAUUGAAUCUCGAGUAGGCCUGUUUUGGCUUAAAAAGACAGAGACUGUGCAGGAUGAGAAGGUGGAUGGAGAUUAUGGACUAAUUAUAAAUGGGCACAGUUUGGCCUUUGCACUGGAGAAGAACUUGAGGCUUGAGCUGCUGAGGACAGCAUGCAUGUGUCAGACAGUGAUUUGCUGCAGGGUCACUCCUUUGCAGAAGGCCCAAGUGGUUCAGCUGGUCAAGAAAUACAAGCAGGCUGUCACUCUUGCCAUUGGGGAUGGGGCCAAUGAUGUCAGCAUGAUAAAGGCUGCUCAUAUUGGUGUGGGUAUCAGUGGGCAGGAAGGCAUGCAGGCAGUGCUGUCCAGCGACUAUUCCUUUGCCCAGUUCCGUUACCUUCAGCGCCUCCUGCUGGUACAUGGCCGCUGGUCCUACAUACGCAUGUGCAAGUUCCUUGGAUAUUUCUUUUACAAGAACUUCACUUUUACGCUUGUCCAAUUCUGGUACGCCUUCUUUUGUGGUUUUUCUGCACAGACUGUGUAUGAUUAGUGGUUCAUCACCUUCUACAACAUGGUUUACACAGCUCUUCCAGUCCUUGGCAUGUGUCUCUUUGACCAGGAUGUAAAUGACCGUUGGAGUUUACAGCAUCCGGAGCUCUACGCUCCAGGCCAGAAGAACCAAUACUUCAAUAAGAAAGCUUUUGUGAGCUAUCUGAUUCAUGGCUGCUAUUGCUCCUUAAUCAUCUUCUUUAUCCCAUGGGCUUCCAUGAAUGAUGCAGUCAGAAAUGAUGGAAAAGACAUUGUGAGCCAUCCAUCUUUUGCUUUCCUGCUACAGACCUGUUUGCUUGCUGUGGUGCACACACAGCUGUGUGUUGACACCUAUUACUGGACAGCAGUGAACCAUUUUUUUGUGUUGUUAAGCACGAUAGGCUACUUUGCCAUCUCAGUCACCAUGUACAGCAAUGGCAUGUUUUAUGUCUUCCCGUCUUCUUUCCCCUUAAUUGGCGCAGCAAGAAAUACUUUGAACCAGCCUAUAAUGUGGCUCACCAUAUUCCUGACGUUCCUCCUCUGUAUCCUGCCUGUUGUUGCUUUCCGCUUCAUAUUUAUACAGCUUCGUCCUACCAUUAAUGACAAGGUGAGGUAUAAGAUGCGUACAGAGGAGCUGCCAGGACCUGCACCUCGUCACCUACGAAGAAGGCGUAGUACUCGGUCGGGUUACGCCUUCUCUCACUCCCAGGGCUAUGGUGAUCUGGUAACAUCUAGAAAAUUCCUGAUAAAACGCUCCACCAAGAGAGCCCCUCUGUUCACCCAGACAGACUCUUCCAUAUUUCAAAAUCAGCCACAGCACUACCGCACUAUUGCUGAGGAAGCCGAGGAGUCACAGAGUCACAAGCUCUAAGACGGAAGCACACAGGGACUGAAACACAGACAGUAUUUUAUUUUCCUAACACUGGAGUCAACCUGGCACUGAAGAAAAGAUGGAAUCUUAUAAUGUGUGAAUGUUGAUAUCUCUGUGAAAAUGUUGUUUGCCACAGAGAGCACAAUGGUUGUUUUUAUUUUUGUGCUUGAUAUGUACAAUUUCCAUAUUUUGCAACUUGCAUUAUUACUGACCAGUUUCUAAAGCACACUUGAAGAUUUUACAAAGAUGUUCUACCCUGGUUUUAGUUAAUUUCACUACAAAUACAAUCAGAUUGUGGACUAGGAUUUUUUUUUAAAAAGGUGUAUGUAUUUUUGCUUAGUUUUGAAAUAGGUUUUCAAACUAAAUAACCGAGAAAUUACAAAUAUAGGAAUUGAUAUUGAUUUUUAAUACAAAGUAUAUACCAAACAGCCAGUUAUUAGUCUUAUCUCUGUAACAGUUUUUUUUCCAAAACAACAAGUCAGUUAAAUCCUGUUAACAUGUAUUUGGGAAAUUUAAAAUAGUCUUAAAAUAAUCUGAAGACAGAAACUGUGAUGAAAGGAAAAAAAAAUAACAUUCCUUGUUGAUUUUUAUUUUUUGUAAGGUAUUAAAUACUGGAAAAGUGGAUUGGUAUAAAAAGGAGAUAUCUAAUUUUCUAAUCCAGGCUUCGAGCAGAUGUGGAUUAUAGUUAUUUAAACCACUGGUCAUUGCUUCAGGAUGGCUGUAUUCAUUUUCUUCAUCAUCUUGCAUAUUCUACUUCCAGUUGAUCAUUAUCCGUCAGUUGAGCUGUAAUAUAUUUGUUUAUGAAAAACACAGAAGCAUUGGUAGGGCUGGGAUAGUGUAUAUGUGACCUUUGUU